AUAAUGAUCGUAUCAAUAUCUUCUCACAAACAAAAUACCGGAAGUAGUAGUCUGCAAAAUCCAAGAUGGAAGGCAACGAAGUACGUUUCUGUCGGCUUUUUAUGUUUUUUAUUUAUUUUACUCAAUUAUUCGUCCAAGUGUUCAGUUCACAAUUAGCCACGACCAAUGAUAUUACCAUAACAUUGGAUGGUACAUUAUAUUUUGAAGUAAUAGAGCCUCAGUCCAUCAGUUAUACAUAUAAAUUAAAACCUUCAACAGAUUUUGGAGUGCCUUUUACGUCUAUGUUAAGAUAUGUUGAUUUAAUAAUAGCUGAACCAUAUGAGGCCUGCAGUCCUAUAACUAAUUACAUCCAAAAUUCUGUUGUGAUGGUGUCUAGAGGACAUUGUUCGUUUUUAACUAAGACAUAUAAUGUUGAAAAAGCUGGUGGUGUAGCAGCUAUAAUAACUGAUAAUAAUACUGAUAACGAUAAUGUCUUAAUAGACAUGGUUAGUGAUGAAACAAAACGUGAAACUUCUAUUCCCUCCUUAUUUUUACUUGGUAAAGAUGGUGCCAUGAUAAGAAAAGAAUUAGAAAGGUUAAAAUUAGAUAAAGCCAUUAUUAAUAUACCAAUCAAUAUAACUGGAGUUUUACCAAAUCGAGCUAAUAAACCACCCUGGACAUUAUGGUGAUAUGUUUUAUUUGAUGACUCUUGGAUCUUAAAUUCCAUUAAUUCUUCAACCACAAGUGCUGUCAGAUUACUGUGCUGUGUUCCGAUGAGUUCUUGUGGAAUUCAUCUAUGCAGAUUUGUUAUUGAAGAACGUAUUAUAUUAAAUCAGGGUUUUGUGAAAUUAGCAGCAUGUAUUAUAUGUGUUCAGCUAAGUGAUGUAUCCUGUUGAAUUUUUGUGAUCUAUGAAGAUUUCUGUUAAAACUCUACCUCUGUUGAAUUAUUCAUAUACAACACAUGCCAACUUCAUAUAGAAUUAACACAUAUGGUUAUUAAAGAUGUAAGAUUUAGAUAAAGAGUUUGUUGUUCAAAAAUAGAUAUUCAAAAAUGAAAUAUUGCAAAUUUCAUUAAAAUAAAUUUAUUCUGAGCAAAGUUAUCUGUGUUUGAAGUUUUGGCAAGAUAUAGAAUAGAUUGUUAAUUAUCAUAAUUGUUAAUUAUUCACAAUAUUAAGAUAAGGAAGUUGAAAAAACAUAUGACUGAAACAAGAACCCAAGAUGAAAUUUAUUCACAAUGUUAAGGAAGUUGAAAAAACCCCAUCAAUCUUCAAAUAUAUCUGAUAUUUACUUGAUAUUCGUUUGUAAUGUAAUUGCUGUGAUUAAAGGUAUUUUUCUUGUACAUUUUAAGGAAUCUGGUGGGCGAAUGGUUUAACACACACGCGUUUGACCUGCGCAUUAGAUCUCAAGGUCUGUCAUUGAGUCAAGUUUCGAUUCGCCGCUUGUAGUGACAAGGAGUAGUGCCGCUUGUCGAACCCUUUGGGUUUUUUGGGGGUUUCCUUCGACAGCUAAAGACCCUGUAUACGCAAGCAAAUUAUUGAAAUAAAAUUGAACCACAAGUUAGUCCUGAAAUGACCUAGUUUGUGUUGAGUCUAGGUUAAUUUGUUUGUGGGCACUCUACAGGUCACAAUUUUUUUUAUCUGAUUUUGACAAAACUUGAAAUAUAGCUCGGUUCCUUUCGAUAUUGUAAUGAUUGUACAAAAUAUCACGUUUUUAGCUUGUGGACACUGUAGAGGAAACAAUUUUCAUCUGAUUUUGAUGAAACUUGAUAUGCAUGUUUAUAACCCAAAAAUCUUGGUGCCUUUUGAUAUUCGCGCAUAUCAGAUCGUAACUUCCUGAAUUAUGGCCCCUGAUUGUACGAAAAAUCACUUUUUUAGCUUGUGGUCCUUUUAGGGGUCACAAUUAUUUUCUGAUUUAAAAAAAAACCUUCAAAUAUUUCACCGUUACACCGUAAUAUCGGUUAAGUUCUCUUGCAAAAUGUGGGCGUAUCUUGCCUGGCAACCGCUAGUCUUUGAUAGAAUUUGUAAAUUUUAUACUAAAGAUAUUCUAUGCAAAUUUCAGUAAUAUAUAAGAGAACGGCACCAUUUUGUAUCCAUUUAUUUCAAUUCAAUUUAACUGUGUAUAGAAAUUAUGUAAAAUUUGUGCAAAAAUAAGUAUCUAUUUUUGUGUAUAUUAUAUUCCUGUAUAAUAUCGGUAUAAUUAAAUUCAGUUUGUUUUCCUCUGUCUGAUGUUCCAUUUCAAGUUUUUUUAUCCAAUUCAAUUAUACUUAUGUAAUAUAGAAAAUCAGAAGUUGAAAACGAAAAGAAAAAAAAAUGAUAAUUUUGAAUUAAGACCAAUAUACCAGUAACCAUGUACUUGGUACUUGAUAAUAUUGACUACCCUGUUUCCUUGAAGAAGAUUACACAAAAGAUAUAUUUUUACAUUAAGUUUUAUAGCUUUUUUCCCAAACUGACCAAAACUAAUACACCUCAAACUACCAGAGCCACAGAAGUUCUAGUAUACAGCUGUAGAAGUGUUGGGUGGCAAAAGUGCUAAUUUAUAUCUAACCACGUUUAUUUUAGGUAUUCUAUUUCACCAAUAUUUUCAUUACAUGUAUGUUUAUAUCUUACACCAGGGAUUUUUAAAUAUAUUGUAUUUAUGUCCCAGCUAACUUUACAUCUAAUCUGGGUGGAUUUGUGUGGUUUAUGUCUAUUAAAAUAAUGUUUACUUUUGACCAGUGCUCAUGAUGACUGUUCCUACUGCUUUGAAGUGUGCAGUUUUUACAUUGUAUUCUGUGCUUGUAAUGAUACAGGUAGCUAUUAUAUGAAUAUUUGUUAUGCUGUAACUUGGUUUUUACUUUUUAGAUAUCUUUUGUUGAGUUUAGGUGGAGUUAUUAGAUAUUUUGUUUUGUUUUAGAAAUGUUGAAAGUGCCUAAAAUUAUAAUUGAACUAUGCAGUGAAAAUCAAGUAAAUUAACAUCAUUUGUGA